AUGAACAAGGUGGGACGCGAGUUCGCCGGGACAGUCCAGGGUAGGGCGUUCUCGUCCCGCUUCCAGAUUGCGACACUCGGCCGCGGCGAGUUCCGCGCUAGCGCAAUGCUUGUCCCGGUUACUUUCACACAGCAAAUCCGGGGCGGGGCACUGAAACACUGUAAUCCGGGCACAAUCACUGGCACGAGUCCGGGUGACGCGGGAGAAACGGCGCGACGGCGCUGCGGGCCGCGUGCGCCGAACGAGUGGCGUCGGGCGCUAUCGGUUACGCCACGGUGGAAAGUAAAAGUGAGUGGCGCGGGGCGCGGCAUUUCUCCUACUUUCGCCGUGAUUCAUGUCGCCAAGGUCGCUCCAGCCACUCCCGCGCCGACUCCCGUGCGCUAA